UUUAAUAGGGCUCAAAGCAGGCGACGGGACAGGAAUGAGAGGAUGGAUGCUGGCAAGAGCUCGGAGAUCUGCUUUCAAAUCUGGACUCGUCCCAGCAGGGGGAAAGGCUAGAGCUCCGGGACAGGGUGGAGACGGCCGGCCGACCCGGAACCUUCCGAGGCCCUGAAGAGGGUCUGAAGCGCGCGGAGCGUCUGCGGGGCUCGGUGCGACCGCCCGUGAGCGCCGAGGCCAGGACCCCGCGCCCCGCGCCAGCCCAAGCGGCUCCUCCACUGGGAUUUCUCUCCGAGGCGUCAGUGCCGGCCCAAGUCCGGGACGCCUCUUUGCUGCUUCCUCCCCUCGGCGAUCGGCUCCGGGUCUCCCGGCUUGGCCCGGCGCGCCCCGAGCGCAGCCCCCGGAAGUGCGCGCCGGCGGCCCCGGCGAAGAAAAUCCCGAGCGAGCAGCUCUGUACUUUGUCUCGGGCGUCUGCAUCGGGCUGGUGCUCACCCUGGCCGCCUUGGUGAUGAGGAUCUCUUGCCACACGGACUGCCGGCAGCGUCCCCGGAAGAAGUUCCUGCAGGACCGAGAGAGCAGCAGCGACAGCAGCGACAGCGAGGAUGGCAGCUCGGACACGGCGUCUGACAUCUCGGUCAGGAGACACCGCCGCUUCGAAAGGACUUUGAACAAGAACGUGUUCACCUCGGCGGAGGAGCUGGAGCGCGCGCAGCGGUUGGAGGAGCGGGAGCGCAUCAUCAGGGAGAUCUGGAUGAAUGGCCAGCCCGAGGUUCCGGGGACCAGGAGCUUGAACCGCUACUAUUAGUGGUGGGAGCCGAAGUCCGCGCGGGGCAGGAAGCCGCCGGCGAGGACCAGAGUCCGCAGGGAGGGUGGGCACAGAGCCGAACGCAGUUCUGCUGAAGUCCUGGGAGCAGAUAAGCAGGACAUGCCCGUUUUCUAGCCAGGAGACCUGAGCUUUCCUUUUCGACUAAAUUAACGGAGAAGUAGAAAAACCGAGUCAGUUUAUCAACCUUUCCAGGUCGUGGAAUGGUGCUGAAAAACCCUCUCCAGAAAUGUGGAUGGAGAUUAGAGAAACGGGACUGUGGUUUCUCUUGAUUUCUGAGGAUCUCAGAAGUUUCUGCAGACUUCAGUGCUAUGUGUUAUUCCUUUACAAAAGGAAGAUUAUCGUGGCAUGAAGGCUAGGAAAAGCAGGGUGAACUUAACCCAGCAAAUGCAAUUUUUAAAAUGACCCCAUGCUAUGGAGGUGGUACUCAUCCAGAUAGCGUGAUUUAUGAUUAUUAUUUAAGGCUGAUUUUUAAAUCUCGUGUUGCAAUGGCAACCUUGUCCAUUUUAACUGGCACCUCAGGGAUCAAAAUCCUAUUUUUUAGUAUAGUUCCCACCUCAUUCAUGAAAAUGGGUAGAUUUAAUGUAUUAUGGGAGAUGUGUCAGUGUGCUAGAAAAUAUCAAUAACCUCAAAGGAUGAAGGGUUUUAUUAUAAAUAGUUUAUAAAAUAUAUAUUAACGUGCAUAUUUGAAGAUGCAACAUAAGAAUACGAGCUGUGUUUUCCCCCAUUUGGAGAGAAGAAAUUUUGUUAUGACUCUAGAUGAUGAUGAUUUUAAACAUUUUGUUAAGAAAACAAACAAACAAGUUUGGAUUUCCAAGAAAAGAAUGAGAGUGGGAGAUGAGGAAUAAAGCCAAAAUUAGGAUGAGAUUAAAAAAAUAAAUGUUACAUAAAGUCUU